UCAACCAAAAGAAACGAAAAUUUAAAAAAAAUACGUGCUUAAAGGAGCACUUAUCAUGGGAAGUAAUUGUCCCGAUAGUUCGUUCCCAGCGCAGUCAUGAGAGCUGUUAUUUACCCAUCAAAUCUCGCAUCCCGUAUGCAUUAAUAUUGCACUGAUUCAUAUAGCGGCGGAAGCCUAAGUUCGGGUCGAGACACCAGAUAAGCUGGUGCUGAUGGCAAUGUAAAUUAACUAGCAAGGACCAUGACGAAAUGCGAAGGAACAAAACAUAAACAAACUCCAAAAGGGAACGAUAACAAAUAUCGGUUAGAACUUGCUCUCGGAGGGUUGUGGUAAUAAAGUCAUAAAUGCAUCUCUAACGAAGGAUUCAAUAAAUCGACGAUCUAGUAACCGUCAUGGAAACAUCUGGUGAAAUAAUUAACAUGCUCUUCAAGCAUACAGAUAAGGUGCCGCAUAUGUUUAGAUAGGACGGCUAAGCAAGAUUUGAACUUGAACUUGAACCUUCUAGGAGGGCCCUUGCAGCCGUUAGGGAAUAGAGUGGGAUAGCACGAAAUGCAAGUGCAACCAUCUAAUCAAAUCUUUAUGUAGUAGUGAGGCACCAGGAAUUUGUUUACCGUGCUGACGAAUGGUAACGUCAGCAUCUAAGGAGAAAGGGAGAUAGUAAUAAAUGUUGCACUGCAUGUCGUGCAACAUCUUUAAUAUUUUACCAUAAGAUUCAUGUAUAUAUAGUUUAAGGAAAAAAUAAAUCAGUCAUCAGUUACCAGAGAAAACGGUCGUUCGCAUUCAUCACUAGAAAGAAAAUUCCCGGACGAGCCCCCACCAGAAGAAGUCAUCCUCCCCUAGAAGGAAGCAUCAUCGCCCAGGAAGUACAGUCCGCUGGAGAACCGUAGCCAGCAUAAAAGCGUACUUCCGCUCUUAUGCCCUACUUGCUUCUCCCCGGAUAUCCGAAAACUUUAAUCGUAAAGUCUUAAGGCAAAUUAAAAAGAAUUUGCGACAGGGAACAGUCAGUCGCUCUGACGGCUGACAUUUUGGUGGCUCCAGAGAGGAGCGUAUCGCAAAUUCUUUUAACUUGCUUAAGCUUUAUCAAAAGACUCUGGAAUAGUUGCUUUAAACUAUUUUGGAGAAUAUUUGUUGAAAAAAAAAAAUAUUAUUAUCAUUGCCAUUAGCAGUAGAUAAUUUGAGUUGCGGGAACUUCUAAAUAGAUUAACAUAGCAAUUCUCUGUACUAAAAUGGAGUUUGUGGCUAAUCCAAAUGGACAUUGUCGCCUUUGCACGAAGAAAGAUCGUGCAAUGGUCGAAAUGAUAACUUGCGAUGAGUGCGAUAGGUGGUUCCAUUUAUCUUGUGUGAAUCUUGAUAAACGGCCACCAAGACCAGAGGACUGGUACUGUAUGAAAUGCCAGCAGCGUAAAAAAGAAUACGCUGCAAUGACGAAGGACUUGGAAGUGACAAAUAUGGCACUCCAAGCAAAAAAUGGCAGCAGCAGGGCAAUUAUUGAGCUGAUGAGAAUACACGAGAGGACCAUGUUAUCCCUCGUGACUUCCAUUCAGAAUACGAGCAUGAAAGAAGACGCAAUGUCAGUAAAUUCAGGAAACUCGAUUGAAUGGAAAAGUUAUUAUGAAACCUUGCCUAAGAUUAUCGGUAAUGCCAGAGGAAUGGAGCAGCAACCAAAGCUGCACCGAUAUGAUAUGCUGCAGCCAAGUACGACUGGUGGAACAACUGGAAUUACAAUAACCACUGGCUCAGAAAAGAACACAAGCGAUUCUGAAGAGUUAGAGUGUGAUAGUAAUGAAAAUGAUUUUGUCGGAUUCGAUGAGGACGUCGCUGGUAGAGAGAACGGAAUGUUAAGUUCUCCAAGAUCCUCAAGUUCGAUUCCGAUUUCACAAAUUCUGAAAAAGUCCAAGAACUGGAAGCAAAUCUUUGGUCGUCUACGGAAGCAUAUGGGGAAAAUGUGGUUGCCUCGGUGAGAAGUGUCACAUUAGGAUCUUCCGACGAACAGAACAAAAUGAAAUCUGUUGUUGGUAUGGCACCAGCACCUGGGAAUGCAUUUGACAACAACGCUAAAGUAUUAGCUAUGUCUACGAUGGUGACUAAGAGAAAAGUCACCGCUCCUGUCAAUGCUCUCGACGAAGCCUUCAGUGUACCCUUUGAAUAUGAAUGGAAAAGGGAAUUGGUUUAUUAUGCCAAGUUGGAUGGCAAUAGUAAAGAUACAAAUAAUUAUAUCAUCAUGCCACUACACGGGGGGUUAACGUCGGAUAAUUUUACGUUUAAGAAAGAUUCCGUGGGUGGAUCAUCAGAUGAAAAAAUUAUACGAAGUGCCAAAUCAUAUGGAUUAACGCCUCGACGUUCUCUGAACUCCUUACCUAUACCAGAACCACUACCAGGCAACAAUUUGGGUAAACUGCUCAAAGAAACAAGUUCACCGCCAUGUGUGUCGUUGGUAUGUGCAUCCGUAAGUCGAUCAGGUACAACUCCUUCAUUGCGCUCGAAUUCGCAAACCCCUCCUGAAUCAAGAGAAAUAAGGACUGGUUCCCAAGCUACCUUUGUGUGUCGAAUGAGGAACCAGGUAGCGAACCACCUCCGACUGUGGAAAAAUGUUCGAUUGAAGAAUUCGCUCGUUAAUGAUUGGACUGAAUUGGAAGAUAUUUUCAAAAAAAAAAAAAACGGCACAAAGUAUUCAAACAUCAAAUUUAUAGAUGUCAGGGCAUUCUCUGUUUGGAGAAAAGUAUGCAGAGACUAAUAUUUUGAAUGGAAAAUAUCAAUUUUAUUACUUCCAAACAUAACUUGGAUCCUGCUUGGACGAUGAAAGACAAAAAAAAAGGUUAAUGUUCAAAAUUGCUGAAAUAGAAUAAUUUUAAAAGGAAAUAAAAAUCAUGUUAAGGUAAGACAUUCAUUAUUUAGAAGAAAGAAGGAUAAAUUAUAUCCCUUUGUUGACACCAAGAUUAGAGUCAUGAUAGCUCUUCUCUCACGUGUAGGGACUGUUGUAAACGCGUUUCCAUUUUAGUAUAAUGGAAUGAAUUAUUUUGGACCUUUCUAUGUUUAAAAGAUAUAAAUGUCAAAAAGGGGAGUUAUUUUCACUUGUUCAGUUACACGUGGAAUACACUUCGAAAUGGCAGAAAAUUUGAGUACCGAUGCCUUUUUCGUAUGCUUUAGGAAUUUUCAGUGUCGCAGAGGUAAAGUAACUCAGCUUUACAGCGACAACGGAACUAAUUUCGUUGGAGCCGAAAGAGAGUUGAAACGCCUCCUACAAGAACUCGACACAAGAAUGAGACAAGGAGAAGCAGCAAAGUUAGAAAUUUCAUGGGUGUUUAACCCUCCAGCGGCUCCACAUUUUGGAGGCGUAUGGGAGAGGUUAAUAGGAAUAAUAAAGAAGGCGCUUAGUGUCAUGAUAGACGAUAUGUCUAAAAGGACACCUACGAGUGAAGUGCUGCGAUCAGCCUUUAUUCAAGCGGAGUGGUUUGUUAAUUCACGUCCUUUGAUACAUAGAGCUUUAAAGGAUGUGAAUGAUGAGCUAUUAACCCCCUUCCAUGCGAUCUUAGGAAGGCCGGGACAAUAUGCACCACCCUUCGAGAUUGAUCCAAAACCUUACGAUAAGAACUCGCAGGCAAGGAUUCAACACGCCAUGAAGGUAUUUUGGGAUAAAUGGAAGAAAGAGUAUCUUCCAACACUUAUCACCAGAGAGAAAUGGACUGGAGAUGUCAAACCAAUUAAGACUGAUGAUAUAGUCUUAAUGGUAGAUAAUGAAGAACCACCUGGACGGUGGUUGAAAGGACGUGUUGUCAAAUUAAUCAUUUCUGAUGAUGGCGUAGCUAGACAAGCUGAAGUUAUCACCGGAAAAGGUACUUUUAGGCGCGCAGUUGCUAAACUCGCGAUAUUGGACGUCGAGAGGAAGGAUUUAACUCCUGAGCCGACGCAAAGUAAACAAGAAUCAGAGCAUGUAAUAAUGCACGUAUCUGAAACUGAAUCCGCUGAUCCUAAGUUUGAAGAUCACCGGAUUGAAAUGAAACGAGAAAUUAACAAUAUUUCUCAAUCGGGCAAAAAGAAAAGACCAGUUAUUCGUUUUUCUCCUCGUUCUGUACUUGCAGCUAUGUUAACUACAGCAGCAGUUCUCAGCACGGCGAAUUCCUUAUUAGUAACACCGGUCGAGCAAGAUGGGGUAUUUCUCGACCACAUAGGAACUACUUUUAUGAAACGGGGCAUAUGGCGGACGAAUAUAAAUACGUCGAUAUCGCCGAAUGAAGACCGGGAAUUGAUCGAAGGCAUAAGAUGUAAUAUGUCAGCAACAAGGAAGCGCAUGACCAAGGACAUAAAAAAUGAAAAUAUGAAUAGAAUUUUGAGCGUCUUCGACAAAUUAUGCUCGGAUGCAAUUUCCGAAAUUGAUUAUGAGCGAACAAGAUCUCGACGCUCAAAAGGGAUAUUUGGAUUCUUGUGGAGCUUCCUAUUCGGUGAAAAUGACAUCGAAACUGAACUAAAAGCAAUGAGAAUGCACGACAAUGAAAAAAUACAUCAGUUAUCUGAGUCGUUAGUUCAAUUAAAUGGAAAGACCACUGAGAUGGGAAAUACCUUAAACGAUCAAUUCUACGGUCUGAUGAAGGAAACAAACCACCUGAAGCAAAAGUACGCCCUAGGUGAAACGGAGUACUUGGAAAGUCGUUUGAUCGAGAUAAUCAUGCUUUCUCGAGAGACUAUUGACGCAGUGCUUCACAAGUACAAAAGGAUGAGAUCAUAUCCACUUUCGACGGAAGAACUUACCGCAACGUUCGACAACAUCUCGUCAACAUUGCCAGCAGGACUAACAGUUCUUCGACAAUCCUCAUUGGUAAAAUAUGAAACGCAGCAGAUCAAUGGGACUAUCGUAAUCGCAAUGUACACUGUAGUUGUCAGCAAAACAGUGUACGAAAUGUUUCGAAUUAUUCCUGUACCUCAUAUGGAAAAUCAUGCCAUCAUUGAUAUAGGAAAACCACGCAUACUGAUUGACCAUAACGGGGAAUAUUUCUACCCAACUACGGAACCAGUACGGAUGAACCAAACUCAUUUUAUCGUGGAACCUAGCCCGGUUCAUAAGGAGCUUGACUGCGUAUCUGGACUAGUGGCACACAAACUUUCGAAAAGCCGCUGCAAUAUUACGCACCUAUCGCCACCAUACGCCGAGAUGAUUUCACUCACGGAUGAGAACCAGGUGCUUUACUUCGCCAGCGACUCAACUAGUAUUAUAAUUCACUGCAAGAAUUCUAUUAUAGCGCCACCAUACAAGGUGGCUGUAGUUAAAUUAGAUUUCGAUUGUAAAAUCCAAAAUAAUAAGAGUGUUAUAUAUGGAUUCGUGAAUAGGGAAGAAAGGCGGACAAACUUAUUCUUUAAAGAAAGAAUUCAGAUUAAUUUCAAUUAAGAGAAGAAUGAAACGGCAUUAGCAGAAUUAAAUAAGCCUGCGAAUCCAUUUGACAACAAAAUUUUCACUAUAACAACGGAUGAUUAUAAGGAACAAGAUAUAGGUGAACCCAUUAUUGAAUAUGUAUUAGUGGGUGUAGGAUUGUUAGGUAUUAUGUAUGUGGUAGUAUAUAUUUAUCUACGAGUUAAAAAAUGUAAUACAACACGAAAUUCCAGAAGACCGGCGGAGUGUUUGUUUCCACUUCCGCGAAAUACAGCUGAAAGCUCGUUAUAAAAAAAAUAAGGUCUUUGCAAUUAUUUAUAGGAAUAAUAAACUUAACAGAGAGGACGAACACAAUUUGAAAAUUUAAGAGUAAACACCAAUAUUCCACGACAGUCGCUCGAUUAUCAAUAAAGGUAAUUCUUCAGGAAGAUUUACGGGGCCAGAAAUGUCGAGCGUAGUGUUUGCUACAAUCGCAUUAAUCAGAUGAUGGCAUUAAUAGACUUUAUUUAUCAACCAAAAGAAACGAAAAUUUAAAAAAAAUACGUGCUUAAAGGAGCACUUAUCAUGGGAAGUAAUUGUCCCGAUAGUUCGUUCCCAGCGCAGUCAUGAGAGCUGUUAUUUACCCAUCAAAUCUCGCAUCCCGUAUGCAUUAAUAUUGCACUGAUUCAUAUAGCGGCGGAAGCCUAAGUUCGGGUCGAGACACCAGAUAAGCUGGUGCUGAUGGCAAUGUAAAUUAACUAGCAAGGACCAUGACGAAAUGCGAAGGAACAAAACAUAAACAAACUCCAAAAGGGAACGAUAACAAAUAUCGGUUAGAACUUGCUCUCGGAGGGUUGUGGUAAUAAAGUCAUAAAUGCAUCUCUAACGAAGGAUGCAAUAAAUCGACGAUCUAGUAACCGUCAUGGAAACAUCUGGUGAAAUAAUUAACAUGCUCUUCAAGCAUACAGAUAAGGUGCCGCAUAUGUUUAGAUAGGACGGCUAAGCAAGAUUUGAACUUGAACUUGAACCUUCUAGGAGGGCCCUUGCAGCCGUUAGGGAAUAGAGUGGGAUAGCACGAAAUGCAAGUGCAACCAUCUAAUCAAAUCUUUAUGUAGUAGUGAGGCACCAGGAAUUUGUUUACCGUGCUGACGAAUGGUAACGUCAGCAUCUAAGGAGAAAGGGAGAUAGUAAUAAAUGUUGCACUGCAUGUCGUGCAACAUCUUUAAUAUUUUACCAUAAGAUUCAUGUAUAUAUAGUUUAAGGAAAUUAAAAAUAAAUCAGUCAUCAGUUACCAGAGAAAA